AUGAUCGAUACCGCUGAGAACCGAUGGAAGUUCUCUCGCAUGCUUGACCGCAUUAGUGUCGACCAACCCGCGUGGAAGGAGCUUACCAGCAUCGAAGAGGCUACCGAGUUCUGCGACCGUGUUUCUUAUCCGGUGCUUGUGCGCCCUUCGUAUGUUCUGUCUGGAGCUGCGAUGAACACUGUCUACUCCCAGCACGACUUGGCCAACUACCUCAACCAGGCUGCAGAUGUGUCCAAGGAGCAUCCAGUCGUCAUCACCAAGUAUAUCGAAAACGCCAAGGAGAUCGAGAUGGAUGCUGUCGCCCGCAACGGUACCAUGAUUGGUCACUUCAUCUCAGAGCACGUUGAGAACGCCGGUGUUCACUCUGGUGAUGCUACUCUCAUUCUGCCUCCUCAGGAUCUGUCCCCCGAAACUAUCCGCCAGAUCGAAGACGCGACACGCAAGAUUGGUUACGCUCUGAACAUCACUGGCCCUUAUAACAUUCAAUUUAUCGCCAAGGACAACGAGAUCAAGGUCAUUGAGUGCAAUGUUCGCGCUUCGCGAUCUACUCCCUUUGUCUCCAAGGUCAUGGGCGUCGACCUCAUCGAGAUGGCUACCAAGGCGAUGGCUGGUCUGCCAGUUACUGAGUACCCACCUACCAACAUCCCCAAGGACUACGUUGGUGUCAAGGUUCCCCAGUUCUCCUUUUCUCGUCUCUCCGGUGCCGAUCCCGUCCUCGGUGUGGAGAUGGCCUCCACCGGUGAGGUGGCUUGCUUCGGUCGCGACAAGUACGAGGCCUACCUCAAGGGCCUCAUCGCUACCGGUUUCAGGCUGCCGAACAAAAACAUCCUGUUCUCUAUCGGUUCGUUCAAGGACAAGCUCGAGAUGCUGCCUUCUAUUCAGAAUCUGCACAAGAUGGGCUACAAAUUGUUUGCCACCGCCGGAACUGCCGAUUACAUCCAGGAACACGGCCUCCCAGUUAAGUUCUUGGAAGUACUGCCACCCGGCGAGCACGACGAGCAGAAGGCAGAGUACUCUCUGACGCAGCAUUUGUCAAACAACUUGAUCGAUCUGUACAUCAACCUGCCCUCCAGCAACCGUUUCCGACGACCGGCCAACUACAUGUCCAGAGGUUACCGCACUCGCCGCAUGGCUGUCGACUACCAGACUCCUCUUGUAACCAACGUCAAGAACGCGAAGCUUUUGAUCGAAGCUAUCGCUCGCCACUACGAUCUCCAGAUCAGCAGUGUCGACUAUCAGGAGUUCGUGUCUGAGUCUGGAGGCCACGGUGACUCCUACGGCCAGAUGAACAAGAGCAACUCGCUGUCUCUGUCUCAACUGCUUGCCAAGUCUCCAUUCAAGCGUAAGCAUAUCACAUCUGUCAAGCAGUUCAGCCGUUCCGACCUCCACUUGCUGUUCACUAUCGCUCAGGAGAUGCGCCUCGGUGCUCAGAAGCAGGGCUGUCUCGACAUCCUCAAGGGUCAUGUCCUGUGCACCAUGUUCUUCGAGCCUUCGACGCGCACAUCUGCAUCGUUCGACGCUGCCAUGAAGCGUCUUGGUGGUGAGGUUGUCAUCGUCAAUGAGUCUGUCUCAUCCACCAAGAAGGGCGAGUCCAUUGCCGACACCAUCCGCACUCUGGGAUGCUACGGUGAUGCCAUCGUCCUCCGUCACCCGCACGAGGAGUCGAUCGACAUCGCCGCCAAGUUCUCUGGCGUUCCUGUCAUCAAUGCUGGUAACGGCAGCCGCGAGCACCCGACACAAGCACUACUUGACAUCUUCACCAUCCGUGAAGAGCUUGGAUCUGUUAACGGACUCACCAUCACCUUUGUCGGUGACCUUAAGUACGGUCGCACAGUUCACUCGCUCUGCGAGCUGCUGUCCCACUACGACUGCAGCGUCAACCUCGUAUCCCCCGAGUCGCUCAGCAUGCCCAGCUCUGUCCGCGAGGCUCUCAAAUCUCGCGGUCAGCUGAAGACAAUCUCAAACGAGCUUACCCCAGAGAUUAUCGCUUCAUCCGACGUUCUGUACUGCACUCGUGUACAGAAGGAGCGCUUCCCCGAUCAAGCGAGCUAUGAGCAAGUCAAGGACUCAUUCGUUAUCGACAACAAGGUCCUCAAGCAGGCCAAGACCAACAUGAUUGUCAUGCACCCGCUGCCAAGGAACAACGAGAUUCACGAGGAGGUGGACUUUGACCCCAGGGCGGCGUACUUCAGACAGAUGAGGUACGGAUUGUACACUCGCAUGGCGCUGCUUGCUAUGGUCAUGGCCCCAUAA